GACUCUCUGUUUCCUGUCGCUGCCUCUCUUUGUCCCCUCAGAGGCUCAGAGUGAGGAGAGGAGGAACAUGUCCGCCGUGCAGCUGCUGCGGGUGUUGGUACAUGAGCGGAUCAGCGCUGCCGCUGAAGACUUCCUGCUGCAGGUGGAGAAAGGAGGAGAAAAGGCUCAGGUCCCGGAGCUGAGAGCGAUGCUCACUGAGCGGCUCGCGGCGGCGGGGGAGGGGAUACUCGCGGGGCUUGAGGAAACCUUGUCAGAGUACGAGGACCGAGUGGAGCGGACAGAGAGGUCCGAGCGGGAGAUCAGCCGCCAGAGGAGGCUGCUCGAUGCCGCGAUGCAGCCCGUAGUCCGGCUGCACAGAGCAGUGUGUCCAACAGACGUCCAGCAACUGAUGGUGAUUAAAGAAGAGGUUCACUCUGAGGAGCAGCAGUGGAGCCACCUUGUGGACCCAGAGGACCCAGAGCCCCCCCACAUUAAAGAGGAACAGGAGGAACUGUUGACCAAUCAGGAUGGACAGCAGCUUCAAGGACUGGACGAGGCUGAAAUAAUGUUCACAUUGACUCCAGCCAGGAACUCAGGUCCUGAUGGACGUUUACAACCAGGUUCUGAGGACAAGUCUGACGAAUCUUCUGAGACUGAAGUCAGUGAGGAUGAUUGGAGUGAGACCAGGGAAACUCAGACUAGUUUAAAUACAAGAAAUAACAAACAGCGUCUAAGUGAUAUGGGAUGUAAGACAGAAAAAAAACUGUUUAGUUGCUCUAAGUGUGGUAAAAGAUUUAACCAUAUGGGCCAUCUAAAUACCCAUAACAGGGUUCAUACAGGAGAGAAACCGUUUAGUUGCUCUGAUUGUGGUAAAAGAUUUAGCGAUAGGAGCCAUCUAAAUAGACAUAUGAGGAUUCAUACAGGAGAGAAACUUUUUAGUUGCUCUGAGUGUGGUAAAAGAUUUAACCAUAAGGGCCACUUUAAUACACAUAUGAGGAGUCAUACAGGAGAGAAACCGAUUAGUUGCUCAGAGUGUGGUAAAAAAUUUAGCCUUAAGAGCCAUCUAAAUAGACAUAUGAGGAUUCAUACAGGAGAGAAACCGUUUAGUUGCUCUGAGUGUGGUAAAAAAUUUAACCACAGUAGCAGUUUAAAUGCACAUAUGAGGUGUCAUACAGGAGAGAAACAGUUUAGUUGCUCUGAGUGUGGUAAAAGAUUUAACCGUAGGGACAGUCUAAAUACACAUAUGAGGAGUCAUACGGGAGAGAAACCAUUUAGUUGCUCUGAGUGUGGUAAAAGAUUUAUCAUUAGGAGCCAUGUAAAUAGACAUAUGAUGAGUCAUACAGGAGAGAAACAGUUUAGAUGCUGUGAGUGUGGUAAAAGAUUUAACCAAAGUUGCAAUCUGAAUAAACAUAUGAGGAGUCAUACAAGAGAGAAAUCGUUCAGGUGAUCUGACUGUGUUGAAGAUUUAAGAUUCAGUCCUAUUGUAUGAGAAUUGUGAGGAUUCAUAAAGGAGAGAAGUGAAUCAGUUGCAACCUUUAUAACAACUGUUCAUUAUGAUCAGCAGAUAUUCAUAUUAUACAUAGUCAUAGUUCACUGUUUUAAGUAGACUAUUAACAGUUUUUAUGUCCUUAAAAAAUAUAACUCAUUUAAUAACACGAAAGAUUUGUGUUUAUAUAUCUGGUUUCUACUGAUUUCUACAUAAUUCAUCUAUUUUUCAUAAAGUCCUUCAUGUCAUUCUAAGGUUAAAGUGUGUUCCUUGCACAGUAUGAAUUUGUGUUCUUAACUAGUUCAUAUGAUUAAAUGUAUUUGUUUUAAGACAAUGGUUUAUUGAUUCGUGAGAUUCAAUGACAGUGUGUGUUCUCCUCUAUGUAUUGAAUGUGUUUCCAAGAAUAAAAGUCUAAUAAAAAGAUAA